AUGUUGAUUAUUUCUCAUGUCGAAUGUACGACUGAGCAACAACUUAUGAGAAAGUUAUUACUAUUUUAUGAACCAAGUGUAAGACCAGUUAUUAAUGCUCAACGAAUAGUAAAUAUUUCAUUUCGAAUGGAACUUACUCAAUUAUUUGAACUUGAAGAAAAAACACAAGUAUUAACAACAAAUGUACGUAUUGAACAAAAAUGGAAAGAUGAAAAUCUUGGUUGGAAUCAAUCAGAAUACGAAGGUAUUCGUGGUAUACGUUUACCAUCACAUCUUAUUUGGUUACCUGAUACUUUUAUUUAUAAUGCAGCAUUUGAUCUUUCAAGUGAUACACCAACACAAGGUGUUGUCAAUGGACCUUAUGUAAUGGUUUAUCAUACAGGUGAAGUUGUUUUUCCUGUUUUAAUGAAAUUACGUACAACAUGUAAAGUAAAUAUUCAAUAUUUUCCAUUUGAUCAACAAAUAUGUGGUCUAAAAUUUGCAUCAUGGAUAUAUGAUAUAUCAUCGAUUAAUUAUGUACUUGUUUCAAAUACAAAUAAUCACCUACAAUCGGAAAGUAUACGAAAUGGCGGCUGGGCUAUGCUUGAUAUUAAAGAAGGUCUUGUAUGGCGAACAAAGAAUAAUAAAACAUAUGGAGAGUUAGUUUAUGGUGUUCAUUUUCGUCGUCGUCCAUUGUAUUAUAUAUUCAAUGUGAUAAUACCAUGUGCCAUGCUUUCAUGUUUGACUUGCAUGUCUUUUUGGUUACCAACAUCAUCAGGUGAAAAAGUUACUCUUGGUCUAACUUGUUUUGUUGCAUUUUCUGUUUUUAUGCUUAUGGUUGCUGAAAAAGUUCCUGCUACAUCGGAUACAGUACCUAUAAUAGAAAUCUAUUUAACAAUUGUUAUGAGUUUAACAUCAAUAUCUGUAAUAAUGGCUGUAAUUGUCGCUAAUCUUUAUCAACAAGCAGCAAUGUGUACAAGUAAAAAACAUCGUGCACCACAAUGGUUAAUUAAAUUUGCGCUUACAAAAGUAUCAUCUAUUCUUCGUAUGAAUGAUAAAAUUAAAAAUGUACUUGAUCAAAAAAAAAAAAAAACCAGUGAAGCGUUUAUUCAAUGUCAAUUAAAGAAUGCCUUCAUAAUUAUAAAACAACGUUAUAUUGAUAAAGUUGAAAUGUAUGCAAAUGUAAGAAUAACUCGAAAUUCAUCAUGGGAUAAUUGGGGUUCAUAUGGUCUUGUUUUCGGAUUUUUCUUAGUCAUUAUUGGUAUGUUAACACAAUUUCUUGAAUUUCCACGUAUCUAUAAUGGUGCGACAAAUGUAGAUUUAAGUAAUAAUAUAACUAUUGAUCUUUAUAAUAUAACAAAUUAUUAUAAUCAUUGGUGGCCAUGGACAUAUCCAUCUAAUCUAUUUGGUAUUUUUACAUUUUUAACUGGUAUGAUUGGUAUAUUAGCUGGUUUUCGAGGAACUUAUACAUCAAUUUUUGGAUUUUUUACAAUGAGUGUUGUAUCAGCAUUAUUUGCUAUUUAUUUAAUUGUUUAUUUUACAUUUAUUAUUUCAUUUUAUCGAACUAAUGGAAUGGAUAAAUCAAGUAAUCGUACAACAUUUGAAUCAGUUUCAUAUGGUCUUGCUAGUACACAAUUAACAAUUUCAUUAAUAAAUUUUAUAAUUAGUAUAUUAUCAGCUAUUUUUGCUGGUCGAGCAAUUUCACUUUGUGUAGAUAAAAGUAUUUCAGAAGACGAUAUAAUAAUACCAAUUCGUCCACAAAUACCAGAAAAAUCAACAACAUUCUAUGAUCUUUCAUGUGAACCAAAUUCAUUACCAUUAUCAACAAAUCAAAAUGAACUUAAUAUAAAUUAUGAAAAUAUUAUUGAAAAUUUACUUUUACAACAAGUAUUAUUAUAUACAAAUGAACAAUUGAAUUCAUCAUAUUCAACUCGUUCACAUUCAACAAUAACAACAAAUAAUAAUUCUUUAUGGAUAGAAAAAUUAGAACAAAGAAAAUUAUCAAAAAAUUCUCAUAAUAAACAUUCAAUGAUAACUUCAUCAAAACAUAAAAAUAAUGCAAAAAAAAAACCAAUAUUAUGUCUUAUUGAAUCGGAUGAAAAUAGUUCAAGUAAAUUAAUUGAAAAUAUUAUUUAUUAUCAUAAUCAACAAAAAGAUCAAUAUAAAGCUUUUGAUCAAAAUUUAAUAGAUUUAUUACUUAAAAAAAUUUGUGAACGAAAUAAUAUUUCAACACAUACAAAUAGUACAUUUUAUUUUCGUCUUCAAUGGCUUGCUAUUGCUCAUGUCAUUGAUCGUUUAUUCUUUUAUAUUUAUUUUACAGCAACAUUUAUUUCCUAUUUCAUUACACUAUGGCUUAUACCCUUUGUUCAUCCAAAUUUAACUAUUGAUAUUCAUUCUUUGUAA